ACGUCACGAUCAUGAUGAGAAUUGAUGAUCGGACACGCUGAUUUCAUUGUCUGAGGCGGCGGUGGAGACCCAGGAAAAAUCUCGCUGAAUCCGCCCUGCCCGGCGCUAGCCCGCCCCGGGGAGCCUCGGAUUACGGCCGUUUUCCCAUCACGCCCGAGAUGAAUCUGCGUUCGGUAUUUACUGUAGAGCAACAAAGGAUUUUGCAGCGUUAUUAUGAAAAUGGGAUGACAAAUCAAAGUAAAAAUUGCUUUCAGCUCAUAUUACAGUGUGCGCAAGAAACUAAGCUGGACUUCAGUGUAGUCAGGACUUGGGUUGGCAACAAGAGAAGAAAAAUGAGCAGCAAGAAUGCAGAGUCUGGAUCCUCAACCCCAGGGACUAUACCUGGUACCCCUCAAGCAUCUCCAGACAUGGCUGUCAGAAACCUUGUCAAUGUCAAUGUUACUCGACCCCCAAGCCAGCAAUCUUCUUGGGCCUCUAACAACGAUGUCAUAGUGACUGGUAUCUAUAGCCCAGCUAGCUCUUCCAGUAGGCAAGGAUCCACCAAACAGACAAAUGUUCAAAUGGCAGAAACUCAUAAAAUCCCCAUUCAGAGAUCCUUGGGAAAAAAUGAGCCUGAAUUUCAGCUGCAUGUUCCUGUGCAGAGGCAAAUGGCACACUGUAAAAAUGCCUCGCUGCUCCUGGGUGAAAAAACGAUUAUUUUGUCAAGACAGACCAGCGUACUAAAUGCUGGAAACCCUGUAUAUAACCAGGCCAAGAAAAACUAUGGCGGUGCCUCAGUCCAAGCUGCUGAAAUGCCAUUACCUCAAAAGUCAACGGCGUGCCACCGACCUUGCAAAACAGAACCCAUAGGGGGUCAAAGGUCAUAUAAGCCCGAGCAUUCAAGUCUCAUAUCACACAGCUCAUCUGGACAAAGGGCAAGUGUCAGAGACCCUUACUGUAGUGCCCAAAACCUGGAAAUCCGGGAAGUGUUUUCAUUGGCCGUUAGUGACUAUCCACAAAAAAUGCUUGGAGGGCACACCACACAGAAGCCUAGCUCAGCAGAAGGGAAUUACCUGUCCAUUGCAAUGGAGACAGGUGAUGUUGAUGAUGAAUAUGCCAGAGAAGAAGAGUUGGCCUUGAUGGGAGCCCAGAUCCCAAACUACUCGAGGUUUUAUGAAGGCAGUUCCCUUCGAGCUGAGAACCAAAGCGCAACUUUGCCUGGACCGGGGAGAAAUAUGGCAAAUUCACAAUUGGCGAAUGCCAGAGACCUGCCUGACAAUGUACUCUAUCAUAGAGACUACCACUUGGCGCCACGGACCUCACUGCAUACACCAUCCAGUACACUGUACAACAGUGCUAAUCCAUCACGAAGUCAUUUUUCUCCACAUUUUGUAUCAUCAAACCAAUUGAGGCUAUCACAAAACCAAAAUAAUUACCAGAUUUCAGGAAACCUUACUGUGCCUUGGAUUACAGGGUGUUCUAGAAAAAGAGCACUCCAGGACCGCACCCAGUUCAGUGACCGAGAUUUAGCCACCCUCAAGAAAUACUGGGACAAUGGCAUGACAAGCUUGGGCUCUGUUUGCAGAGAGAAAAUUGAAGCAGUUGCCGCAGAAUUAAAUGUUGACUGUGAAAUAGUCCGGACUUGGAUUGGGAAUCGAAGAAGAAAAUAUCGUUUAAUGGGGAUUGAAGUUCCACCUCCCAGAGGCGGCCCUGCUGACUUCUCGGAGCAGCCGGAGUCGGGCCCUUUGUCUGCACUAGCAUCAGGAGAGGAAACUGGGCCUGAGGUAGUGGAGGAUAACGACAGAAAUGAUGAAGUAUCCAUCUGUUUAUCUGAAGGAAGCUCUCAAGAAGAGCCCAGUGAAGCAAAUAGGCACAAGGAAGAAGACCCCAGCACAGUGUCUACAGACAACGUGAAAAUCGAAAUAAUUGAUGAUGAAGAAAGUGAUAUGAUAAGUAAUUCAGAAGUGGAGCAAAUGAGUUCUCUCUUGGAUUAUAAGAAUGAAGAAGUCAGAUUCAUGGAAAAUGAGCUGGAAAUUCAGAAACAAAAGUACUUUAAACUCCAGGCAUUUGUGAGAAGCUUGAUACUAGCCAUGAAAGCUGAUGAUAAAGAACAACAGCAGGCCCUGCUGUCAGAUUUACCUCCUGAAUUAGAAGAGCUGGAUUUCCAUCAUGCCUCGCCAGAGCCUGAUGAUACCUCAUUCAGUUUGUCUUCUUUAUCAGAGAAAAAUGCCUCCGACAGUUUGUGAUUCGGGGAGGGGGUGGGAGAUGGGGGGGGCAAGCUAUGCCGCAGCCUUUGGGCUGCCUAACAGGUGUGCAUUUCAAGAUAACUGCAUUGUGUUGCCUGAUACCUUUCAGUUGGAAAAACAAAGUGAGGGAAGCAGACAGAUUCUGUGAAGGAUGGACAUGAUAGAAUGGCUGCAAUUUAGAGUGAAAAGAAAUAUGGGAUUUCAAAGCUUAGUGUUUGGGGUUUGGGGGUUUUUUGUAAACUGAGGAAGCUCUAUGGGGAAAGCUUUAUUUAAUUUUUAGCAGUACAGCCAUGAAAUACUUAAAUGUCUAAUUUUGGAGAGAUUUUGUUUUUCUUUUGUUUUGUAGAAGAGUCUUAUUUUGAACAGUAGCUUUGAGCAGGGAACCAAGAAUGCAAAAAAAAAAAUAAAGGUAUUUCAACACUACCUGUCAA